UCCAUCCUCAUAUCGCCGUGACAAUCGUGCUCUUCUGCGCGUUGCAUCCUAUUUCCCAGCACGCGCGCCCUGCGUCGUUCUUACUGGCUGUUGCGCUUCUAGCCGCUACGCAACCCUUUUGUCCUCGUAGGACGACAACGUUCUCCUAAUUAUCCGCCACUCCACCACCUCCCUCGUCCACUUCAAGCAAGUUGGCAGCCGUACACCCACAGGCCUCGUCUUCCCGCAACUUGUGGUCCCGUGUCGCAGUCGAAGCCCGCUUUUCCCGUGACGCACCCGGUCGUGCGCCGCCCCCUGGUUCUUGCGACCUGUCCGGUACAAAGCCAGCGCUCUUGGCUUUGCAUCUCCCUUGGCUUCACGACUCCAUUCAUUCCAACUACACGUCUCUCGUUUCUCCCCGACCACCGCCGUCAUGUCUAGCGAUGAGAAGGUCCGCUCGUCUAUGGACGCUGCGCGAGACCCCGCUGCGCCUGUCCUCCCGACUGUCAAUCCCGACAUUGAGAAGCCUCAGCCCGAGGUGGCCUCGUUGCAUCCCGCGGUCUACAUUGCUUCCUGGAUCACUCUUAGCUCCAGUGUCAUUGUCUUCAACAAAUGGAUACUAGACUCGGCUGGCUUUCAUUUCCCCAUUUUCCUCACAACAUGGCAUCUUGUGUUCGCCACGGUCAUGACCCAGAUUCUCGCGCGCUUCACGACCAUUCUGGACUCGAGGAAGAAGGUCCCGAUGACUGGACGGGUAUACCUGAGGGCUAUCGUUCCCAUUGGGAUCUUCUUCAGCUUGAGCUUGAUCUGCGGCAACCAGGCAUAUCUCUAUCUCAGUGUUGCAUUCAUUCAGAUGCUCAAGGCCACCAUGCCAGUUGUUCUUCUUCUCGCUACCUGGGGUCUCGGAGUCGCUCCGCCCAACAUGAAAACUCUUGGCAACGUCUCUUUCAUCGUGGUCGGUGUCAUCAUCGCCUCGCUCGGCGAGAUCAAAUUCGACAUGACCGGAUUCCUCUACCAGUGCGGUGGCAUUGUCUUCGAGGCCAUUCGGUUGGUUAUGGUUCAGCGCAUCCUGAGCUCCGCUGAGUUCAAGAUGGACCCGCUCGUUUCCCUAUAUUACUAUGCUCCUGCUUGCGCAAUCAUGAACGGCUUUGUCUGCCUCAUCAUGGAGGCUCCACGCCUGACCAUGGCCGACAUCCAAAUGGUCGGAGGCUUCGUCCUGUUCGCUAACGCGCUCGUCGCUUUCCUGCUUAACGUCUCAGUUGUCUUCUUGAUUGGCAAAACCUCGUCCCUCGUCCUCACCCUUUCCGGCGUGCUCAAGGAUAUCCUGCUCGUUUUUGCCUCCAUGUUCCUCUUCGGCGACCCAGUGUCUCUUCUCCAGGCUUUCGGCUACGGCAUUGCUCUCUGCGGUCUCAUCUACUACAAGCUCGGCGCUGAGAUGCUGAAGGAGUACAUUGGCCAAGGCGGUAUGAUGUGGGCCGACUUCGGCGCUCGCAAGCCCGUCGCCCGAAAGCUCGUCGUUUUCGGCGUCGUCCUCUCCGGCAUGUUUCUCGUUCUGGCCGGCCUUGCUCCAACGUUCGCCCCCGAGUCCGACCAAUUGUUGAAGUCGAAGAUUGGAGGCUUGCUUGGCGAGAAGGGUGCUUGAGCGCUGCGCGUGACUGCGUUGUCGCAGCUUGGCUUGUUUUGUGCGUUUAACUAUGGCAAGUGGGAAAGAGGAAAAGCUUUCUCUGCUUGAAUGUUUCUUUGUUCGGCUCACUACCAAACGUCUUCCUGUUCGAUUUCUAUACAUUGGGAAGGGGUAUCUUUGCAGACGGGGGACUCUGAAUCAUAUGUUUGUGGGUAUAGAGGGAUCUGCUGGCUCGGGGAGUCUACGUGUAAGCAGCACAUGCUGAGCUUGUUUCUGUGGCAUGCAUUUCGUGAGCGUUUGUAUUCUAGAUUUUGCUUCAACGAACAUGCGGAGGACAAAUGAUGAAGAAAGGAUGAACUGGAGACGCUACUUUUCUGCGUGGUCGUGACGAUUGGUAUACACAGCAGUAUUGGAUAG